AUGCGGAAGAGUAGGGGAGCUCCAAGAGGAAGUAAAAAGGCACCUGGACCAGCUGGCCCAAGACUCCCUGGUGGAAGACUCCCUCUACUCAGAGAUGCAAAAGAAUCAGAUCAAGCUGACUUGAUGCUUCGCAAGCUCGAAAUAUGCUCGAAGAUUUACUCAUUCGAUGGGUACGUUAACAUGGAGGAAGAAAGGCAAAAAAAGAAUAAAACAGAGACGCUUCAUGAGUUACGAGAGGCUGUUCAAACGAUUCCCCAGCUAUUGCGCGAGCCUGUUAUCAAGAAUAUGAUGACGAUGAUAGAAAUCAAUGUCUUUCGUCCAUUGCCGAGGCCUGUUCCUGGAGUCGGGGGCGAAAAUGAUGACGAUACUUUCCACGAUCCACAGUAUGAACAUGUUAGCCUCGUCCACGACUUGUUUGUGAAUUUCCUUGAAAGCCAAGCAUUCCAUCCAAACACGAUGAAGAAAUACGUAGACGCCUCGUUUAUCACACAGCUCCUUGGCUUGCUGAAUUCACAUGAUGAACGCGAGCGAGAAAUUGUUAAGACUGUUCUUCAUCGAAUUUAUGGUAAAUUUUUGGGGCUUCGAGGCUUCAUCAGGAAAUCCAUCAACAAUAUUUUCCUCGAAUUCGCGUACGAAGACGAUUCGUUCAACGGCGUUGGCGAGUUACUGGAAAUCCUCGGAUCGAUCAUUAACGGCUUCGCAGUGCCGAUCAAAGCUGAGCAUAAAUUAUUUUUGUCGAAGGUUUUGAUCCCAUUACACAAAUCGCCUCGGUAUACUUCAUUUCAACCUCAUUUGUCGUAUUGUAUCGUUCAAUUUGUCGAGAAAGAAUCUGCAUCGACAAUGCUCGUCGUCGGAUCAAUGCUCAGAGUUUGGCCCAUCACAAAUACUAGCAAAGAAAUAAUGUUCCUUUCGGAAAUCGAAGAGAUCCUUGACGUUUGUGAGCCACAUGAGUUUCUUAACAUCUGCGAGCCUCUUUUCCAAAGAUUAGCUCUGUGUAUGAAGAGUCAGCAUUUCCAGGUCGCGGAGCGCGCUCUUUACUACUGGAACAACGAAUACGUCGUAAGCUUAAUCGAGGAAAACAUUCGAAUGGUGAUGCCAAUUGUUUUUAUGUCACUGUAUGAAGCGGCAAAGACACACUGGAGUGCAACCAUCGUCAUGCUUGUCUGCAAUGUUCUAAAAACAAUGAUGGAAAUGGACCAAGAGCUCUUCGAUAACCUGGCGCAAAUGCUCAUGGACGACAAGAACGAGCCGAUGAACGCGCAGCAGACAGUGCUGGACGCAAUGAACCGAGCUGAAACAAUGAACAACUUGAGUAACCCUCCCAUGUAA